UCUCCGUAGACUCACCGUGUCUCUCCGAUCCGAAGAAACAUACACAAUGAAGUUCUUGUUGGCCCUCACCCUCGUCGGGCUGUGCUCCGCCGCCCCUCAGUUCCAGGCAGCUCCUGCAGGACAAAUCACCUUCGGCGUGGACGCAGCGGGAUGCGUGGUGGGCCCCUCGGGUAAGGUGUGCCCCACAGGCCCCGUGCAGUUCACCAGCGGGGCCCAGGGCGUCCCCCAGCCCUUCGUUCCUCAGGCUCCUCGCCCGGCAGCGCACCACCACCCCGUCCACCACGCCUUCACCGGCCUCGUGGGGCCUUCGGGAGUCAUUGGACCUUCUGGCCUCGUCGGUCCCUCGGGUCCCCUCGCCUUCGGGAAGUAGGGCGCGCGGGGGAGCUCCUUCGGCGGGUCGUUCUUUGGCAUUUGUAGAAAUAUAAGAGUUAUUUUUUAUUGA